UCCUGGCCUCCGCCCUUAACCUGCUGCCCUUCAGUCUGGCACCUGCUGUCCAGCCCUUAGCCCCUCCUCCCAGCCCCUCCUGCACCCUCCUGCUCCCCCCUCUGCUGGCUCUCCAUGUCACCAUCUGUGGCACAAUCCUUCUCUGUCACUGUCCCUGCCACCCCCUCUUUCUCCUUCCUCCUGCCUCCCUCUGUCCCUGCCUUUUUCUGCAUCUCUCACUGCUCCUCUGUCGUCCGUCCAUUCUCUCCUUUCCUCUUUCCUCUUCUGUUCCUUCUCCUUGCCAGACAUCUCUCCUUACUCCCCCUCGCUCUGCCUUUCCACCCACACACUGUCUCCUAUCCCUCUCCUCUCUCUCUCCACCUCCGACCCACCAUCCCCCCCUCCUUUCCUUAUUUUCUAUUGGCUUCUUAUGUCCCCUGCUAUCUCACAUUCCUGUCACCUUGGAAAGUAUCUCCUGUCACCCCCUGCUGGGUGCCAUCUGAAGACCCCCCCAUCCUGUGUCCUGCAACCCCCCCCCCCCCGUGUCCUGGAGAUGAGGGAGUGACGUACCAGGUGCAGGUGGGAAGUCAGGGCCGAGGACCAGAUGGGAGAGGCAAUGUGGGCUGAUGUGGCCACUGAGGGCCUAGGAAGGGCCCAAGCCCACGAGUGCUGGAGGAGUGGGCACUGUGUGAGACCCAGCUGGCUGUGCUCUAGUGGUACCUGGCUGCAGAAUGUUAUCCAGCCUGGCGACUACAAAGGGAGCUCUUGCCUUGUGGGAAGAAUCUUGGAGCCUCCGUGCAGCAGAAUAUCAGAACUGGACCAAACCAGAUGCAAGCUGCUGUCCGGCCUCCUGGGCCUGUGUGGCAGCUCGCUCCUGAGCUCCUCUUCGUGCUGGGAGUGGUGCAUCUGACAAGCCCCUUCCACCUUUGCAGCAACCCUGGGAGGCUAGGACUAGUUGGUUGCUGACUGGCUUCUUCUCAGCCAUGGCCACUGUUACCUACUCUUCAUCGGUGCCCACGACCUUGGACCCUGGGAACACAUCCUCAGCCUGGCCCCUGGACACCACCCUGGGGAAUGUAUCCGCUGGCGCUAGCCUGGCAGGCCUGGCUGUCAGUGGCAUCUUGAUCUCUCUGGUGUACCUGGUGGUGUGCGUGGUGGGUCUGCUGGGCAACUCGCUGGUGAUCUACGUGGUCCUGCGGCACACGGCCAGCCCAUCCGUGACCAGCGUCUACAUCCUCAAUCUGGCGUUGGCUGACGAGCUCUUCAUGCUAGGGCUACCCUUCCUGGCUGCCCAGAAUGCCCUGUCCUACUGGCCCUUUGGCUCUCUCAUGUGCCGCCUAGUCAUGGCCGUGGAUGGCAUCAACCAGUUCACCAGCAUCUUUUGCCUCACUGUCAUGAGUGUCGACCGCUACCUGGCUGUGGUGCACCCCACACGCUCAGCCCGCUGGCGCACGGCACCCGUGGCUCGCACAGUCAGUGCAGCUGUCUGGGUGGCCUCAGCCGUGGUGGUGUUGCCCGUGGUUGUCUUCUCAGGAGUGCCCCGGGGCAUGAGCACGUGCCACAUGCAGUGGCCAGAGCCAGCGGCUGCCUGGCGAACGGCCUUUAUCAUCUAUACGGCCGUGCUGGGCUUUUUUGGGCCCCUGCUGAUCAUCUGUUUAUGCUACCUACUCAUCGUGGUGAAGGUGCGGUCGACCACACGGCGGGUGCGGGCGCCCUCAUGCCAGUGGGUACAGGCACCCGCGGGCCAGCGGCGGCGGCGCUCUGAGCGUAGGGUCACACGCAUGGUGGUGGCUGUGGUGGCACUCUUUGUCCUCUGCUGGAUGCCUUUCUAUUUGCUCAACAUCGUUAAUGUGGUAUGCCCGCUGCCAGAGGAGCCCGCCUUCUUUGGCCUCUACUUCCUCGUAGUGGCGCUGCCCUAUGCCAACAGCUGCGCCAACCCCAUCCUCUACGGCUUCCUCUCCUACCGCUUCAAGCAGGGCUUCCGCAGGAUCCUGCUGAGACCAUCACGCCGAGUGCGGAACCAGGAGCCGGGGUCUGGUCCUCCGGAGAAGACCGAGGAGGAGGAAGAGGAUGAAGAGGAAGAAGAAAGAAGGGAAGAGGAGGAGCGGAGGGUGCAGAGAGGGAAGGAGGUGAAUGGGAGGGUCAGUCAGCUCGCACAGCCUGGCACCAGUGGACAGCAGCAACAGCCCAGCACGGGGACUGCCAAGGAGCAGCAGUUCCUACCCCAGGAGGCCACAGCUGGGGACAAGGCCAGCACCUUGAGCCAUCUGUAAGGACCUUCAAAGAGCCAGCAUGACCCAGAGAAGGGCAGUGGCUGUUCUUGACCUA